CCCACCCUGUGUUUCCUGCUGCAGAUGUGGCGGCUUGGCGCUGCACAUGUCACCCUGCAGGAGGAGAGCGGACAGAGAUGCUCGGGGGGCUGGCGCUGCUCGCUGGGUUAGCCCUGCUACAUAAUGCCGGGGCCAAAACCGUGCAUGGGAGCUUUGACAGUGCCCUGGCUUGGCAUAGCCGGGGGCAGCACAUUGUCACCUUCCUGUUCCAUGGAGACCAGGCUGUUCUCUGUGUUAGAAUUACUAAUGUUGCUGCUGCUGCUGGGAAAGAUGCCACUCUUUACCUUUAUCAGAACGAGCAAUGUCUGAAGAUGCACGGCAGCAUGGAGGAAUACAGCUGUACAGAGAAGUUGUCACUUGCACAAGUAUUAAUACCCUUGAAUCAAACAGAAUAUAACUACACUUUACCCCAGAUUGUGUAUCCAAAAGCAUGGUACGCAAUUUAUGCAGACAAAUACACAUGUCUUAUGAGCUAUGAAGACCCUAAAUCAGAUGAUAUCACAUAUGAAGUCACUUUAUUGAAUCCUGAUGCUGCAGGAAAUCCGUUUGAUCACUUUGGAGCUGAUGAAUCAGGAUUACAUGAAUUUUAUUUCCUGCUUGUGCUGGUGUACUUUGUGGCUGCUUGUAUUUAUAUCCAAGCUCUUUGGCAGACGAUUAAGAAAGGAGGUCCGAUGCACACCGUUCUUAAAGUUUUGUCAAUUGCAUUGUUGUUGCAGGCUGUGUCCGCUUUGGCAAAUUAUAUACAUUUCUCAAGGUAUGCAAGAGAUGGCAAAGGAGUACCUUUCAUUGGAGGUUUUGCUGAAUUGUGUGACAUCGCGUCAGAGGUGCAGAUGCUAUACUUGCUGCUAAGCCUGUGUAUGGGUUGGACUCUCAGCAGAAUGAAGAAGUCUCAGGCAAAGCCCCUCCAAUGGGAUUCUACCCCUACAUCCACUGGCUUUGCUGUUGUGGCUGUCACUGCACAGGUUAUCUUGUUAGUCUGGGAGCAGUUUGAGGAGAAUGAACAUCACAGUUUCCAUGCCCAUCUGAGCUUGGCAGGAACCCUUCUGAUUGCUUUGAAAAUUUGCCUUGCAAUGUCUUUGGCUUUUGGGCUGUAUCAGAUAAUCCGCUUGGAGCGGAGCACUAUGAAGAGGCAGUUCUAUAUCACCUUUUCAAAAGGUUGCUUCUUGUGGUUUUUGUGCCACCCAUGCUUUGUAGUCAUUUCUUACUUGUUCAAAGAGUAUCAAAGAGAAAAGGUGAUCACUGUUGGCGUUGUCCUGUCUCAGUCACUCUCUAUGGUUAUCCUUUAUAGACUUUUCUUGUCACAUAGUCUGUAUUGGGAGGUAUCCUCUCUUUCAUCUGUGACUCUUCCCCUAACUGUGGCAUCAGGGCACAGAAGUCGCUAUUACUCUUGAUACCAUGAGCAGGGAUGUCUUAACAGUCAUGGAAUUGCACUGCAGAUAGACAAAGACCACUAAUGUGCUCCUCAGCGCUUGAGACAUUUGUGCUUUUUCAAAUGUCAGAGGAAAUAUCUGGUGUUAGGAUAGCAACGUGGUGCUGAAAAGCAUUCUGUUUGAAGAAAUUUAAGCCGGGAUUGUGCUCUCCCAAAAUAAGCCAAGUACACUUAUUCUCAAUUGAAAAAAAUAUCAUUGGGUGUUUGUGAAAGCAUGUAGCAUAAAGGCUAAAUUUUUCCUUGUAACCACCAAAUUAAUUUUCAUGUCACAUCUACACAGGGAGCAGUUAAACAAAAAUAGUUCAAGAGAACAGACCUACAUUUCAAAAUCCAAUUACAUUUCAUAGUUCUGGACCAGGUAACAUUUUUGGGCCUUGAGUAUGAACUGUGUUACCAAACCAAUUAAAUUAAAUGUCAUUGUAUGCAUUGAGAUAUAUAUGUGAGUAUGAGUGUAUGUAUUUUAUUCUGUUAUUGAUUUUGUUUUUCUAGUUUUAAAGUAAAAAGUGAGGAGUUUUUGUACAAGUCUAAACAUUUUAUCUAAGCCAUAUGCAUUAAUAUAAAACUACAUGAUCGAGAUUUAAGGUUUAUGGUACAGCAAUAAAGGUUGUACAGAAAGGUA